AUGGAAAGAGGAGAAGCAUGCCAAGGAAGGAACAGGUAAAAUAACCUAAUCACGUAAAAGCAUUGCAGCCACAUAUAGAUCAAUAAUAGAGAAAACAGUUACUCCACACCAGAAUACUUCAUUACAUAUAGCCGCGACAGAAAGAGGAUUAGAUGCAGACAAAAGGCGGAUCAUAGGGGCACAGGUAGCGGGUCCCUUGUAAGAAGUAUAAGCCAAUUUAUAAAUGUCUAUAGCUACAGGAAUUCUGCUUUAAAGCAUGCCAAAACCUCUUCCACUUCCUUCCUAAACGCAACCACCACCUCUGCCAAGACCAACCCAAACCACAAAACACGACUCACCAAACUCAUAAGGUGAGGCAAGAACAAUGGCAAAACAUAGCCCCCAAAGCCAUGACCAACCACUCCAAGAAGAGGACUACAUAGAUAUGGAUUUGAGCUCACCAGCAGCAGAUGCGGCCACCACCAAGGCAAGCUUGUUCUGCUACAGCGCCGCUAUGGCAACCUCCCCACAACACUCGCGAGAGUUUGAAUUCCACAUGCCAGCAGCUCCACUUGACCAGUGGGAGCCCGUGGCAUCCCCAGCAGAUGAGCUCUUCUACAAGGGCAAGCUGCUACCGCUCCAUCUUCCACCACGCAUUCAGAUGGUUGAGAAGCUCCUAGAGAGUGCGGCUGAAAAGGGCUUACUCUCAGCGAGCACUGCCCCAGCAACACCAUACCAGUCAUGCAAUGCAUCAGCAGCAAAUUCAUGUUAUGCCAGUGGUGAGCUCAAUGCGGAGUACUACUUCCACGAGUGCAUAUCCGCUGGUAGUGAUGCUGCUGAGGAGGCAGCAGCCUGUGAGAAGAAGCCAUGGUCCAAGAAGCUCAAGUUCAUCAGGCAUCUUAACCUUGGUCUCAAGCUCAAGGCGUCAAAAGCUUACUUGAAGACAAUAUUUGCCACUAAAGGAGGGAAUCCAGAUGACAAUGGUGUACCUAGAGCAGACGAGCUGUCAAAUUCACAGUCCAAGACCUGGAGGAAGAACCCAAUUAGCCAUAUCAGAAGCAACAGGUACAUAGCCUCACCCGUCAGCAAUAGAACCACACUAGGUAGCAAGCUUAAAGAGGAUGAGUGCGGCCAUAGAAGAUCCUUCUCCAGCGUCAUUAUCCGAUAUUCGUCAUCAAACAAGCCACCCUCAGUUUCAUCAUCAUCAUGCUCUUCAUCAAAUUCAUCCUCCUUCUCCAUCCCAAGCUCAAAUGACUCCGGUGUAGGACCGGUGCUGAGGAGGAGCAGCAGUGCAAGUUCAGAGAUGGACAAUCCAAUUCAGGGUGCAAUAGCAUACUGCAAGAAGUCACAACAGCUGGCCUCAGUAAGGAAGAGUGCAAGUGACGCAGGUUUCCGGUUCAUGUCAUCAUCAGCAUCAAAAAUAGCAGCAGAAUCUGAAGACACGGAGGGUAUAUUUGAUGUUGGCCGAAAUAUCAAUGUAAAUUCAAUGUUUCCCCAAUAAUUCUGUACUCUUUUCAUCUUGAUCUUUCUGCAGAUAUGAAAUAUGUUUAAUAUUGUGACCUUCAAAAAAUCGAUGUAACCAUUUUCUGUUUAAGGACAAACAGUUUUAAUAUGCAACAAAUAUUGAAAAAUUCCCUCUCUUUUUUAAAACAAACUAGAGUAUAGCAUUUGAUAUGUCUCUCAUGUACCAUAGAAAAAAUUCACCAACAAACUAAACAUAACAUACAUAAUAUUUUCUCUAAUCAGUGUCUUUAGCCACAUUCAUGUGUUGUGACCAAAAUGAAAGGUAAUAUAAACAAAAUCACAAGUCAGAGACAUAAAUAACCUAGCACAGCGAACUGUUUUUUGGUUGGUGGCAUUUUGUGAUGGUCAUACAUAUCCACAUGUGUAAACGAGUUUCUGAUUCAACCCUACCUAAUUACUGUUCCUUGAACACAUCACAAAAUGUUCUUGGAAAUAUCUUUGAGGAGGCGCCCCUUGCUCAUUUAGUGGUCGCUGCUAGGUGAUCAGGUUGUUUGUUUCAGGUCGGGUCAUAUUGUGUUCUGAGUGACACGGGCGUUUGUUCUUGUGUUCUAGUCUAGUUUGAGUGUGUUGUACUCUUGUGUUUCUUCUUAAUGCAAUGUUACAGCAGGGACCUUAUUUAGGAAGCACACAAGGCAUUCGUGCCCAACACUUAAUAAGAAGUUAAAACAUGAAAGCCUGAAAGUUAAAUCCCUUUCUUGCUGUGAAAAACAAAAAAAGUACAUGUCAGAAACUUUAAUUGCUUAUAGGUAUAUGUUGCUCAUCUCUAAAGCUAUGAAUCAUCUGACAAUAAGCAUCAAUUGGGUAGCUAACAAAAAAAAAGGAGGGGGGGGGGGGGGGCGCAAUUUUCAGCCUUUCUUUUCCUUGCACUGGUUAUCACUUAAGAUCUUCAACGUUCCAUCACAAGGUAGCUAGAUCAAUCUCUAGUAUAAAUCUAACAGUCCCAGCUGUCUAUCUCCUGAAAUAACUCUGGCUGUCCAGUGACUUUAGUUUA